CUUCUGUCUGUCAGAUCACACUUUCUUGCCUUGCAGAAUAGACCUCUGUCAUCAGGAGGAUCAAUCUCAGAUAUGAGGCUUUGUGCCUGGGCUGGAGUUUGGAGUCUCCUGCUCAUCCUGGUUCUCCAUGUUGAUGCACAGAAGGUUCAACCCAAGGAGAGACACUAUUAUAUCGCUGCUGUUGAGAUAGACUGGAACUACUAUGGCAAUGACGCACACAGGUUUGGUCCCACCUAUAAGAAAGUGGUAUUUCGGGAGUAUGAGAAAGGCUUCAGACAGGCUAAGACUCAUCCCUCCUGGUUAGGUCUACUUGGACCCACGCUUCGGGCUGAGGAGGGGGAGACAAUCGUCGUCACUUUCAGAAAUAUGGCGAAUGGACCGUAUAGUAUCCACCCACACGGAAUUGCUUACGGGAAACAGUCAGAGGGAGCCUACUACUUCGACAACACAUCGCAGAAAGAGAAACAAGAUGAUCUAGUACAGCCUAACUGUGAGCAUGUUUACCACUGGGAGGUGACAUCAGCUGUAUCACCACAGCCAAGUGACUCCAACUGCCUCACCUACACCUACGUCUCCCACCAAAACGUGGUUCAGGACUACAAUUCAGGCCUCAUUGGUGCUUUGCUCCUCUGCAAGCCUGGCAGUUUGAAUGAUUUGGGGGAGCAGGCUCACGUCGACCAGGAGUUAGUGUUCCUCUUUGGGGUUUUUGAUGAGAAAGCGAGCAAGUAUGAACCAAGUGGUCUUGCCUUAGAAAACCCUGUCAAGUUCACCAUUAACGGAUACGCAAAGGGAUCACUGCCUGAUGUCAGUGUGUGUGCUCAUUCUUCUGUGAGCCUGCAUCUGAUGGGUAUGAGCUCAGAGCCUGAGGUGUUCUCAGUGCAUUUGAAUGGACAUGUGCUGCAGCAGAUGGGGCAUAAAGUGUCAUCAGUGGGUCUGAUCAGCGGUUCCUCCACUACUGCCAGUAUGGUAGCAGUCUACACAGGCCGGUGGCUGCUGUCCUCAUACGUCAUCAAGCACAUGGAAGCUGGCAUGCAUGGCUUUGUGGAUGUGAAGCGCUGUGAUGCCUUCCCAGCACCCCCGAGAAGGUUGACCAUCGCACAAAAACGUGAAAGCAGGGUGUGGACAUACUAUAUAGCUGCUGAGGAAAUUCUUUGGGACUAUGCACCUAGCAUGCAUGGACAUAUAGAUGCGGACUACAGGUUUCAGUACCUGAAACAGUCACCAACACGCAUAGGAGGGAAGUACAAGAAGGCAGUGUACACACUGUAUACCAAUGCAUCAUUCACUCAACGGUCAGAGACCAGGCAAAGGAGAGAUGAGCUUGGAAUAGUGGGGCCAGUGAUCAGAGCGCAAAUCAGAGACAUUAUUCGGGUUGUUUUUAAGAACAAGGCCUCCAGACCGUUCAGCAUCUAUCCACAUGGAAUGACAAUAGAGAAGUCAGAGGAGGGGGUCAACUACCCAGAAGGAGGCAACCAGUCUCAUGGUGUUAAGCCAGGUGAGACACACACCUAUGAGUGGAGUGUGGGUGAGGAAGACCAGCCUUUGGAUGGGGACUCCCGAUGUCUGACACGAAUGUACCACAGUGCAGUGGACACACCCCGUGACAUUGCCUCAGGAUUGAUUGGACCAAUCCUCAUCUGCAAAUCUCAGUCCCUCAAUGUCAGGAAUGUACAGCUGAGAGCAGACAAGGAGCAGCAUGCCAUGUUUGCUGUGUUUGAUGAAAACAAAAGCUGGUACCUGGAUGAUAACAUUCGUCAGUUUUGUGAUCGAUCCAAAGUCAUGAAGACAGAUCCUGACUUUUAUAAGUACAAUGUCAUGCACACGAUAAACGGUUAUGCGUUUGAGAGUGGCCCGGUCCUGGGCUUCUGCAAUGGUGAGGUUGCAACAUGGCACGUGUCCAGCAUUGGAGCACAAGACUACAUCCAGACAGCUACAUUCUACGGCCACCCAUUUGAAGUGAAUGGGCGAACAGAGGACUUUCUCAGUCUCUACCCCAUGACUGGAGAGACCAUCACAAUGAACAUGCUCAACUUUGGUUACUGGCUUCUGGCUUCCCUGAAUUCCCACGAGACAACUAAAGGAAUGCGUGUAAAGUUUCGGGAUGUUGAGUGCUUUCGUGACUACGUCUAUGAGUACGAUGAAAAUGAAAGAGAAGAGCCAAUAGGACACAAAGAGUUCACUUUGUGGCAGCCUCUGAGCUUGGAUGAUAUCAAGAAGGAGCAAGAGGAGAAGGCGAAACCAGUAGAAAAAAAGCCACUGGUUGUAGAUGAUUACACAAAUAUGUUUGCAGAUGAAUUAGGUCUUAGGUCUCUAAAGAACCAGUCUAGCAGCUCAGAUGUGGAGGUGUUGGACCUGUCCUUCCUGGAAUAUGAUGCUGUUGAUGUGCUUGACAGAGAUAAGAAUAUUACCCUUAAUUUCAACUCCACCACCACAGAGACAAAAAGUAAAAAUGAGACGUCUAUUUUAAAGCCAAAUCCACUAAAUGGGACAUUAUUUUCAAACCUGAAAGAGCUUGAUAGAGUAAACCAUACUGCAGUUAAUUUGUUGAAUCAAAGCAAUGAGAAUACAACAUCAUUCUCUGACAAUUCAUCUGUGUCUAAAAUAGAGGACACAGUGAAUUAUAGUCCCAACGUUACACAAAAUAAAAAUAUAACUCAAGUUGUUUCAAGUCUUAAUAAUGCCAGAGCAUCUGAGACAGAGAACUCCACAAUUCACAAUGAUAAGGCAUCAAUAAUGGUUGGAAAUGUAUCCACAGAGACAACCGAUCUGAAUGUAACAUUACCAGGAAAUCUUAGUUCCAUUUUGGAGACUGAAAGAAUGAAUAACACACUCAGUGGUGAUAAUCAGACUGCUGGGAACGCAACCUUGCUGCAGGAAUCCGACAAGAAACUCAGAGGAGAUGUGUUCUCCUACUCCGUACCUCUACCUCCCUCCAGCAUCAACAAUCUCAACAGUACAACAGAGGACAAUGUCACCUCUCUGUCAAGCAGUACAAAUUCCAGCCCUGAGAGUUGGGAAAAUGUCACUGCUCAUCUUGACCAGUUAAACCAUACAUCUUCUAUAGAAAGUUUCUCCAAUGAGACUGUGGUUUCAGGUAACCUGUCACUCUCCAGUCAUCUUGUUCGUGAAAGCAGCUCUGAGGAGCUAAGUGAAGAUAGCAUUGAAGAAUUGUUUAUCUACCUUAGAGAAAACAAUACCGAGGUGAUUACAACUACCUCCCUUAAAACAAACGGCCACAAUUGGACUUACGAGGGAACUCACCAAACUGUACCCAUGGAGAUCCCCGAUCACAUGUUAAAGUACUUAGGGAAGGAGGCCCCAACACCAAAACCGAAACCUAAGACCAUUAAGGUGAACUAUCGACAGAGGCCCAAGAAAGGCAGAGGCAUGAAAACAAGGAAGAGGAAGGAAUAUAAGCCUCAGGCCAGGAGUGGUUUACCAUUCUCUCCUCGUGGAUUCAAUCCAGCCAUGACCCCAAGAGGGGCACGACCCAGUUCACUACAACCAUUCUCUGAUGAGGAGGAUCUCAUUAACAUGCCAGUGGUCAUCGGUUUGCCACGGCCUGAUUUCAGUGACUAUGAGCUGUAUGCUCCUGGUAGUGAGCCACAACAUCUAGAUUUGGAUGAGCAAAUCAAUGCAAAUGAAUAUGAAUAUGUUAGCUACAAAGACCCCUACAGCAGUGGCGAAGACAUCAAGGAUCUCAGUUUGGAUGACACCACAAAAUACUACUUAAACAAGUACGGCGACUCCAGUACCCAGACUUACUUCAUUGCUGCAGAGGAGGUUGAGUGGGACUAUGGUGGCUAUGCAAAGAGGAUAGACAAGUUGGAUCAAAACAGUAGACAAACUAAGUUCACCAAGGCGAUUUUCCGAAGUUACCUGGAUGCCAACUUCAGAACACCUGAUAUCCGAGGUGAGAUGGAUGAGCAUCUAGGCAUCCUGGGGCCUGUCAUCAAGGUGGAUGUUGGACAAACCAUCAUGGUGGUGUUCAGGAACAAUGCCAACCGUCCGUACUCCCUACAUCCAAAUGGGGUUGGAUAUAACAAGAAGACAGAAGGUCUGUCCUAUGACGAUAACUCCACACAUUGGUUUAAAUAUGAUAAUGAGGUUCAACCCAAUACCACCUAUACAUAUAUAUGGCAGGCCAAUGCAAAUGUUGGGCCAAUGGAGGAUGAAUCCCAGUGUCGGACCUGGGCCUACUAUUCAGGUGUUAAUCCUGAAAGGGAUAUUCACUCAGGCUUGAUUGGGCCUUUACUCGUGUGUCGAGAGGGCACUUUGGACAAGAAGGUGACGGACACAAGCGAGUUCACACUGCUUUUCAUGACCUUUGAUGAGUCGCAGAGCUGGUACUACGAAAGGAAUCGCGAGUUGAUACAGAGAAAAAAUCCAAGGAAAUUAUUGGGCCCGGACUUCAAGGAGAACCUCAAGUUCCACUCCAUCAAUGGGAUUAUAUUUAGCUUAAAAGGCUUGAGGAUGUACACUGACCAACUAGUGGCUUGGCACCUGAUCAACAUGGGUUCUCCCAGAGACUUUCAGAGUGUCCACUUCCACGGACAGACGUUCCUCCACAAGCACACCACCAGCUACAGACAUGCUGUCUACCCACUGCUGCCUGGAAGCUUUGCUACUCUUGAGAUGUAUCCUUCCAAGCCUGGCUUGUGGCAGCUCGAGACAGAAGUUGGUUUCAACCAACAGAAGGGCAUGCAGACCCUCUUCCUGGUUCUUGAUAAAGAUUGCUUGCGCCCACUGGGUCUACAAUCAGGCAGUGUGCAAGACGACCACAUCACAGCUAUCAACACUAGAGGAUUCUGGUCGCCCCAUCUUGCCAGAUUAAAUAAUCAAGGUAAAUACAACGCGUGGAGUACAGAGAAUAAUGAGAGUUGGAUACAGGUGGACUUUCAGCGGCCAGUUGUGAUCAGUCAGGUAGCCACCCAGGGAGCCAAGCAGCUAUUCCAAUCCCAGUUUGUGUCCAAAUACCAUAUCUCUUACAGUAAUGACCGCCGUAAGUGGAUCUUCUAUAAGGGCGACAGCAGACACUAUAGGAAGCUGUUUGAUGGGAACCAGGAAGCCUAUGUGACAAAGACAAACAUCUUCUUUCCUCCUGUGAUCGGACGGUUUAUUAGGCUCCACCCGGUCACUUGGUACAACACAGCUACAGUCCGCAUGGAGUUCUACGGCUGUGAGCUCGAUGGUUGUUCAGUGCCUUUGGGGAUGGAGAGCAACCUGAUAAAAGACAAUCACAUCACUGCCAGCUCCACAGCUACCAGCUGGUACUCUGGACCCUGGAAACCAUCCCUUGCUCGCCUCAAUAAACAAGGCACUAUCAACGCAUGGCAAGCUAAGUAUAAUAACAUGAACCAGUGGCUUCAGGUGGAGUUGCCCCAAAUAAAGAAGAUCACAGGUAUCGUAACGCAGGGAGCCAAGUCUCUGGGGAGAGAGAUGUAUGUCACAUCCUAUGCUCUAAUGUACAGCAAUGAUGGGGUACAUUGGGAGCACUACACAGCUGAUGAGGACAUGGUAUCCAAGACUUUCAGCGGCAAUACAGACAACAACGAGCAUGUAAAGAACUACAUUCACCCUCCCAUUUUCUCUCGCUUUAUCCGAAUCCUCCCUAGAAACUGGAUGGGCUCCAUCACCAUGAGAGUAGAGCUACUAGGCUGUGACUUUGAGUGAUACAAACACACAUACAAAUCAGGGCAGGUACACAGACAUACACACACACACACACACACACACACACACACACACACACACACACACACACACACAUACCAAACGAUCCAAAUAUACAUUGGUUGAAGGAGUAUUUCAGUCUUUAUUUAAGUUAAAGUAGUGGCAUAAAAAUUACAGUUAAAUGAAAAUGAAGAUAUUACUUAGGUAAACAUAUAAAUGUAUUAGUGGCAAAUUGUACUUUAAGUAUUAAAAGUAAAGGUUCUCAUUAUGCAAAAUUCCCCCAACUAGUGUUAUAUUUAUUAUAUAUACUGUAUUCAGAUAUACAGUGCCUGUAAGUAAGUAUUCACCUUGAAAUGUUUCUUGAAAUGUGUUAUGUUUUGUUUCUUUAAACAUGGAGUCAAAGAGGAUUGAAUGUGAUUUUUUGACAAUGACCAACAGAAAAAGACCAUUUAAUGUCAAGGUGAAAAGACAUUUAAAUUAGGCCUGUCACAAUAAUUAUCUCAUUGACUUUUUGUACAAUAACUUAACUUAACUCACUCUCCAAUCCCACCCCACACCCGUGGUGUGGUACACAGUGGUAUGAAAUGAUCUUCAAAUGGCAAUAAUAUUGUUUAUCGAGAUUCCAACGCAAUAUAUCGUCCAACAGAAGUAGUUAUUGUGACUGGCCUAGUCCAAAUUAGUGUUUUACAUGUGAAAUAAUGAUCCGCAAAUGUAGUGGAGUGGAAGUAUCAAGUCGUAUAAAAUGGAAAUACUGAAAGUACCUUAAAGCGUUGCAGUACAUAUUAAUUAAAUAAGAUUCCAUUACAUAUUCAAACUUAAAAACACAUGUAAUCUACAUACAGAAAUGUGCUGCUUCCAUAACAAACUCAACUGUUGCAUAAAUGAUGCCACUGGGAUAUUUGGAUGUUGCAACCAAGAAGAAUGCAAAACAAGUGAUGUCUUUUCACAGUGUAAUACAAUGUAAUGUGUUGUUAUUAUGAACAUGAAUCCCUAUAAGCUCAUAAGUGAAAUGGUUUAUCAAAGAUAAGUGGUCAGUAGUAAUCAUUGAUCAUCAGUACUAGUAAUGUAUAUUCUUCUUAUGUUAGAUAUGUUUUUGAAAUACUAGUAGCAUUUUGAAGUACUAGUAGCAUGAUAUGAUACAACAUUUUGUCCAUCAGAUAUGAUUAUAAAUUAAUGUAAAUAUGUAAGUAGAGAUCAUGUAAUUUAUUUGUCAAUAAAUAUCAUUACUAUUCUUGCUA